CCCCAUUCCUCCACCUGUUGCUAGUUGGGGGAGGAAUCGGAUCCUGGGAGGCUCCUGUUGUGUCCUAGGUGCAGAAGGACUUUGCAGGGAAUGUGACGGAGCAUGUGAGAGGCGAGGAGGGAAGCCCAAGCUUGCCAGGAGAGCAGGCCACCCCUGGCUGCCACAGCAACAGUAAGAGGAGGAGGAAACCCCCAGGACAGUCAGACGCUGUGCGGGGCCCACCCCAGCAGGAGGCCCAGCUGCAGGACUUCUGUCAGGCUGCUAAUGCGGCCGUGUCCUGGCUGAGGGAGAACGUGGGUCUCAGCAUCCGGCUAAGCCAGAUGGAGGACGCAGAGAGCCUGGAGGCCGCACAGACCCAGCAGGCCGCGCUGCAGCAGGAGAUCCUGAGCAACAGCUCCAGCAUCGAGGCCCUGCGCCUGGAAGGGCAGAAGCUGCUGUGUGGCAGCCAUGGAGGGAGACCUCAGGUGGAAGGCGUCCUCCAGGAGCUGGAAGGGCUGUGGGAGGAGCUGCAGAGGAGGCACCGGGAGAACGGUGCGGCGCUGAGGGAGAUUGAUAAGGUUCUGCGGUUGGUGGGAGAGCUGGAUGGGGCUGAGCACUGGCUGCAGGGGGUGGCGGGUUCACUGUCGGAGCCCGCCACCAUGAGGAGCCCAGAGGAGCUCCGCAGGGACCUCCAGGAGAUCAGCUGCUUGGAGAAGCAGGUCCUGUUGUGGGGCAUCAAGCUCCAAGGCCUGCGGGAGGAGAUGGGGAGAGAGCCCUCUGCAGAGCACGUGACGGCUGGGAAGAUUCAGAGCAAGGUGGAGAUGGUGGAGGAGAAGCUGGGGUGCGUGCGGGCGGGCCUGCAGCGGCGGGCGGAGGACCUGCGUGAUUCCCUGGUGCUGUCUGAGUUCCUGCAGAACGUGCAGCAGGAGGAGGUGCUGAGCCAGAGGACCAGCACGCUGCCAGGGACCAGCAGGCUGGGCUCCCAGGAGCCUGUGCACCUCCCCUUGGCCCAGGCUGGGCAGCAGCUGAGCCGUGAGGACAUGAGCAGCCCCCUGGGUGAGUUGCAGGAGGCCGUGGAGAUGCUGAAUGACGUGGUGAAGGAGCGGGAGCGAGUCAUGGAGGCAGCAGCUGAGACUGAGAGUUUGGAGCGCCUGCUGGCCCGAGUCUCCCCACGCAUGGAGGCCGUUCGAUGCAGAGCAGCUGCUCUGGCCCGUGAUAUCGCCCAGGUGGAGAGUGGCUUUGCCACAGUGAAGAGCGAGCUGGACCUGCAGGGGCUGCAGGGGCUGCUGAGCCAGCAGCAGGAGAUGGAG